AAGAGAGAAAAGUUCGAGGAGCAUGAAGGAAGUUUGAAGUGGCUACUGGAAAGAAUUGGAGACACCGCUAAGCAGCACUGAGGGCCCAGAGAGACUGAGUGAAGGAGAGGAGUAGAGGGAGAGAGAGAAUCUUAAGCAGGCUCCACACUCAGUGUGGACCCCAAUGCGGGUUGAUCCCACAACACUGGAUGGUGACCUGAGCUGAAAUCAAGAAUCAGACGCUCAGCCGAUUGAACCACCCAGAUGCCCCAAGACUUCUCUUGUUUUAUUGACCAGACUAUUGCUUCAUCUUGAUCUGAAUGACAGAAGGCAGCCAUCUACAGGGCCAUGGAAUACAAAACAAGUCCCCAUCUGCAGAGAAAUUGCUAAGUAAUCACAUUGUGUCAGUUGCUGCAGUGAAACUUGAAACCUGAUCAGUGAAGAAGCUUGCAAUUUAACAGAAAACAAGGCAUACCAGGAUCUUCUGCUCCAGAUAUACUUUGAGGAUUCUAGUCUCUUUUUGAAAAUGCCCUGACAUUCCUGUUGAGUGGUGAUUUUAUGCAAUGGCUUCAAGCCACAGUUCUUCACCAGUGCCUCAAGGAAGCAGCAGAGAUGUUUUCUUUAAAAAAGAGGUAGAUCCAACAAAACACAUUCGACCUGUGCAGUCACUGCCAGAUGUAUGUCCCAAGGAGCCCACAGGUGAUUCAAAUAGUUUAUGUGUUACCCCAUCUCUAGUUACAGAUCAACAUAGAUGGACUAUAUAUCAUUCCAAAGUAAACCUCCCAGCAGCAUUAAAUGAUCCUAGAUUAGCAAAAAGAGAAUCUGACUUCUUCACAAAAACAUGGGGAUUGGACUUUGUGGACACUGAAGUCAUACCUUCAUUCUACCUCCCACAGAUCAGCAAGGAACAUUUUACAGUGUAUCAACAGGAAAUCUCUCAGAAAGAGAAGACUCAUGAGAGAUGCAAGAAUAUUUGUCCUCCUAAAGAUACUUUUGACAGGACUCUCUUACAUACUCAUGAUAAAUCCAGGACAGAUCUGGAGCAAGUACCUAAGAUUUUUAUGAAACCAGAUUUUGCCUUGGACGAUUCCUUAACUUUUAAUUCAGUUUUACCAUGGUCUCAUUUUAAUACUGCUGGUGGAAAAGGAAAUCGUGAUGCAGCUUCCUCAAAGUUGCUACAAGAAAAGCUGAGCCAUUAUCUGGAUAUUGUGGAAGUAAACAUUGCUCACCAGAUCUCUCUACGUUCAGAAGCAUUUUUUCAUGCUAUGACCUCUCAACACGAAUUGCAGGACUACCUCAAGAAAACUUCCCAGGCUGUAAAAAUGCUUCGAGAUAAAAUUGCACAGAUUGAUAAAGUAAUGUGUGAAGGAUCACUACACAUUUUAAGACUGGCACUUACCAGAAAUAAUUGUGUUAAAGUGUACAAUAAACUCAAGUUAAUGGCCACUGUACACCAAACUCAGCCUACAGUACAGGUGUUGUUAUCCACUUCUGAAUUUGUUGGAGCAUUGGACUUAAUAGCAACAACACAAGAGGUUCUACAGCAGGAACUUCAGGGCAUUCACAGCUUCCGGCAUUUGGGAUCACAACUUUGUGAAUUGGAAAAACUGAUAGAUAAAAUGAUGAUUGCAGAGUUUUCUACUUAUUCUCAUAGUGACUUAAACAGACCACUGGAUGAUGACUGUCAAAUUUUAGAAGAGGAAAGACUUGUAUCUCUUGUAUUUGGACUUUUAAAACAAAGAAAACUUAAUUUUUUAGAAAUCUAUAGUGAAGAAAUGAUUAUUACAGCAAAGAAUAUCAUUAAACAGUGUGUGAUUAAUAAAGUUUCACAAAUAGAAGAAAUUGACACAGAUGUUAUUGUGAAGCUUGCAGAUCAGAUGAGAAUGUUGAAUUUUCCUCAGUGGUUUGAUUUGCUGAAGGACAUUUUCUCUAAGUUUACAAUUUUCCUACAAAGAGUUAAGGCAACGUUAAAUAUCAUUCACAGCGUUGUUCUCUCAGUUCUUGACAAAAACCGAAGGACCAGGGAAUUGGAAGAGAUUUCACAACAGAAGAAUGCUGCAAAAGACAAUUCACUGGACACAGAAGUGGCUUAUUUAAUCCAUGAAGGCUUGUUUAUAAGUGAUGCAUUCAGUGAGAGUGAAUUAACACCUAUAGCAAUCGACACUACCUCUCAAAGAAAUGCAUCUCCAAAUAGUGAGCCCUGCAGCAGUGAUUCGGUAUCCGAACCAGAAUGUACUACUGAUUCUUCAUCCAGCAAAGAGCAGACAUCAUCAUCUGCUACUCCAGGAGGUGUGGAUAUGAUGGUCAAUGAAGACAUGAAAUUAACUGAUUUAGAGCUAGAAAAACUGGCAAAUAAUAUCCAGGAGUUAUUGUAUAGUGCCUCAGAUAUAUGCCAUGAUCGAGCCGUCAAGUUUCUCAUGUCAAGAGCAAAGGAUGGUUUUCUUGAGAAGCUAAAUUCCACGGAAUUCAUAACACUUUCUAGAUUAAUGGAAACAUUCAUUUUAGAUACUGAACACAUCUGUGGAAGAAAAAGCAUGUCAUUACUUGGAGCACUUCAGAGUCAAGCUAAUAAAUUUGUAAACAGGUUUCAUGAAGAGAGAAAAACUAAGCUGAGCCUCCUCUUAGACAAUGAGCGCUGGAAGCAAGCUGAUGUUCCUGCAGAAUUUCAGGAUCUUGUUGAUUCUAUAUCAGAUGGAAAGAUUGCUUUACCUGAAAAAAAGUCAGGGGUUACGGAAGAAAGAAAACCAGCUGAAGUUCUCAUUGUAGAGGGACAACAAUAUGCUGUCGUUGGAACUGUAUUGCUGUUGAUAAGAAUUAUCCUUGAAUAUUGCCAGUGUGUGGAUAAUAUCCCAUCUGUUACUACUGACAUGCUUACUCGUCUGUCAGAUUUAUUGAAGUACUUCAAUUCAAGAAGUUGCCAGUUAGUUCUUGGAGCUGGUGCACUGCAAGUUGUUGGAUUAAAAACAAUAACUACAAAAAAUUUGGCUCUAUCUUCACGUUGUUUGCAGUUAAUUGUGCACUACAUUCCUGUUAUCCGGGCUCAUUUUGAAGCUCGACUACAGCCUAAGCAGUAUAGCAUGCUUAGGCAUUUUGAUCACAUCACUAAGGACUACCAUGACCACAUCGCUGAAAUAUCAGCUAAGCUUGUAGCGAUAAUGGAUAGCUUAUUUGACAAGCUGUUAUCCAAGUAUGAGGUGAAAGCUCCCGUUCCUUCUGCCUGUUUCAGGAAUAUUUGUAAGCAAAUGGCAAAAAUGCAUGAAGCUAUAUUUGAUCUUCUUCCAGAAGAACAAACACAAAUGUUAUUUUUAAGAAUUAAUGCAAGUUAUAAACUCCACUUGAAAAAACAGUUAUCUCAUUUAAAUGUGAUAAAUGAUGGAGGACCUCAAAAUGGGUUGGUCACAGCAGAUGUAGCUUUUUACACUGGAAAUCUUCAAGCCUUAAAAGGCCUUAAAGAUUUGGACCUAAAUAUGUCCGAGAUCUGGGAACAGAAGAGGUGAUGACAUACUGGAAAACUGGGUAGCUCAUCUGACCAUGGGAUGUGUAUGUUUGUGAAGAAAAUAUGGAUGCCUGUGAUUCAAGAACUGAACCUGGAACCCAGAGUGAACGGGAUAGGGGAAGGGGGAAAGGAAAGUAUCAGUGUUGGGAAACUGGGAUUCAGUGGGAUCUACAAGGAAUGCCAUUUUUAUGCUUCCUUCAGUGAGGAGUAACUGAUCAGGUGUCUAUAACAUUUUUCAUUCUCUCUGGAAACAGACUCAGGUUUCUUUGGACCAAAUCCAAAAGAACACAUAGCUGUAACACAGCUGUAGUUGACUAGAAUGCUCUGUAUACUUUAUAUUAAAAAAUGCUUUGCAUUUCUUCCAGUGCAAUGAAAUUCAUAUGGUGUCCCACCUUAUUUAAUGAUGGUACAAUUUAAAAUAUUAAAAUCUUAGUCAACCUCUGUAGAAAGUUUUCUCUAUGAAAGUAAAGCUGUUUGAAAAAUUAUUUUUUUACACAGAUCUUUCUAUGAAAAAUAAACAUCUUUUGAUUGCUUGGAUUUAGGAACUCAGUUUUUGUUUUAGUGACCAAUGUCAAGUUUCAGGCCUCGUGUGUCACGUAUUUAAUCUUUCUACCACCACUGUAUGUCAUCUGAGUAAAGCCUUCCAGAAUAGUCUAAAUACUUGAAAGUCUGAUCACAGUAAUAAUUAAAGAAAAAGAUAUUGGCAUUUAUUUAUGUAACUACUAAUUUAAAUACUUUUCAGAAGGGGUAUGUGAAAGGCUGCAGUUUAAUAGCUGUAUUUUUAUACAAGUAUCUAUGAAGGGUUGGUUUGUGGGUUUUUUUGCCUUUUUAUUUCUAGCAAAUGGUUAGAAUACAUUUUCAUAUAUUCUGAGUAUUUAUGAGUUCUCAUUUUAACAUUUAGAUAACAGAUGAAGUAUGGCCCCCUUGGGUUUUUGUUUUUGAGUUACUUUUGACAUGUAUAUGAACAAAGACCAGGGAGAAAUGGAACUUUUAAAAUAUAGGCUGCUGUUCUGCGGCCAGAAAUAUAAGGUGAUGAGUAAGUUAUUUAAAGAUUUUAUAAUACCUACCUUCAAAAUUAGAAUCAGCAGCACUCCACAAAUGAAAGUGCCUGUGCCUCACCUCACACCGGGAGUCUUGCCUAACCCCGUCAGAGUGCCUAAUCUUGUUGUGAUUAUGUACAAUGAAAUAAUAGUCUUAUUUUGUGCUCUUCCAUUUCCUAAAAGGAAAGCCUGUUUUCUUUAUCAUUACUAAGGUAUGUCAUUGGUUCUUAAACUGUCUAAAAUAAAGCUGUAAAAAAUUA